GGGCCCGGGUCACAGGUCGGGCUUCGUUUUAGGACCUGCUUCCUGCCCUGUUCCAGCAUGUCCUUCCACCUCCAGGGCUGAAAAUUGAAAUCAUUAAUCACUGUGGUUGUGUUCACGGCAGUCUUGUUGCUGAGAACUCAGGGAACAGCAGGGCUGCGAUCUUCCUCACUUUUAUGUUCUCUCUGCUUCCUGGUGUGUCACUAAGCCCCUUGUCCCCUCCUGCCACUCUCAGCAGUUUGGAUGGCAGAGGAGGCUGGAGUCAAGCUGCAGAAGACAGGACACCCUGCAGACACUUGCAGUUCCUGCUGGAAAGAUGAAGUUCCGUCUCAGGGAAAUCAGACCUGGAGAGGUUUAAUGAGACCUAUUUAGGCAGGAUCUGAAGUGCAGGACACAAGCCCUCUCCCUGAACUGAUGGCGCUGAGCUGGGCCACCACCACCAUUCUGGCGCUCACCCUGUCUUGCCUGCUCAUCCUCACCACCUGGAAAUGGAGAAACAAGGGAGCCAAGCUGCCCCCAGGCCCCCUGCCUCUGCCCUUCCUGGGGAACUUGCUGCAACUCAGGAUCACGGCCAUGCUUGAUUCUUGCCUGCAGCUCAGCGAGACAUAUGGCCCAGUCUUCAUGGUGUACUUUGGGUCCCUACCAGUCGUGAUUUUGUGUGGACAUGAUGCUGUGAAGGAGGCCCUGGUGGGCCAAGUAGAUGACUUCAGUGGUCGUGGAUGAAUGGGCUCAGUUCCUAAGACCCAGGAGCAGGCUCUAUCCUUCGCUAAUGGAGAACGAUGGAAGAUUGUCCGACGCUUCACCCUGACUGCUCUCCGGAACUCUGGGAUGGGAAAACGGAGGCUCGAGGAACGAAUCCAGGAGGAGGUUGUCUUCCUGCUCAAGGAAUUCCAUAAGACCAAGGGUGCGCCCAUUGACCCCACUUUCUUCCUGAGCUGCGCUGUCUGCAAUGUCAUCUGUUCCCUAGUCUUUGGAAGCUGCUUUGACUAUGAGGAUGGGCAGUUCCAGAAGCUGCUGCAGAUGACCCACCAGACCAUGGACAGUCAGAACUCACCAUUGACACAGCUGUAUAACAUGUACCCUGGAAUCAUGCAGUAUUUGCCAAGAGGACACUAUCCCAACCGGAGAAAGGAGCUCAUGGACUUUAUUGCCACCAAGAUCAAGGCCCAUGAAGCUUCCCUGGAUCCGCACAACUGUCAAAACAUCAUGGACUGCUUUCUCAUCAAGAUGCACCAGGAUCAAAGUAAUCCCCACACAGUAUUCAACCUCCAGACCUUGAUCUUAACCAUUUUCAGCCUUCUCUUUGCUGGCACUGAUGCCGUUACUUUGAGUUUCUAUGUUGGAUUCCUGCUGCUGGUGAAGCACCCGGAGGUGAUGGCCAAGGUUCAUGAAGAGAUUGACCAGGUGAUUGGGCCACACCGGUUACCUAGUAUGGAUGACAGGCUGAAGAUGCCCUACACAAAUGCUGUGAUCCACGAGAUACUCAGAAAUAGAAGGGCAGGCAUGGGUAUUCCCCGUUGUGUCACCCGGGACACUGAAUUCCGAGGCUACCUCCUGCCCAAGGGCACCAUUGUGUAUCCUCUGCUGGACUCUGUCCACAAUGACCCCAGCUACUUCAGUCAGCCAGAUGCCUUCUAUCCCCAGCACUUUCUGGAUGAGCAAGGCCAGUUCAAGAAGAAUGAAGCCUUUAUGCCCUUUUCCUGUGGGAAGCGUGUCUGCCCUGGGGAGGCACUGGCACGCCAGGAGCUCUUUCUCUACUUCACCUCCAUCCUGCAGAGCUUCUCCCUGCGCCCCCUGGUGCCACCCAGGGACAUUGACAUCACCCCCAGGUUUGUAAACAUAAUAGGUGUUUACAACCAAUAUGAGUUCUGCUUCCUUCCCCGCUGAGCUGUGCUGGGGAGCAGGGGGGUGACUGGAGAGCUCAGCCCAGUCCAGCCCAUUCCACAUGUUACUCUGCCAUCACUCUCUCCCGUGUGAGUAAACCCCAAACGCCCCAGAAUUCUUCCUGAAACUUCAAUAAAAAAGGGGCGAAUUCA